AAAUGAAAAUUACCAAAAGCUCCCGCAGAAGCGCCCAACUCAGCGUUUGUGUUUCUGAGCCGGUGGACAGGGUUGCACAUGGCCCGUAAGGUGUUCGAUGAAAUGUGUAUGUGAGAUUGAUUCCCUUCACGUUAACCCCUUUCCCCUAAUCGUCGAGAGACAUUAGCGUUGGAGGUGACAGGAAGCUACUAUCUUCAACUGUACUGAUCUUAGUUUGAAUCUCUAAUUCGACCAAGUGUCACGGAUUGUGUUCAUACAUACAUACAUGUCACAGCGUGCAAGUACAGACUUAAAAUAGAAGGUAUAUUUGAGAUCGCGAUAUGUUUAGGCGUGUCAGUUCACUGUCAACGCUGAUUUCUGCGGCCAAGCCAUCUCUGCUAAAUCAGGUGGCAUAUGGAUUAAACUUUUUGGAAGCUUUCAGUACAGAAGUCCUGAAGCAGGCAGAAGCCAGAAUCCUGUCAAAGGCAAGGACCCCAACCAUUAACUUUGUAUUAGGAGGUCCUGGUGUUGGGAAAGGUACACAAUGUACAAGGAUUGCUGAGACUUAUGGAUUCACACACUUGAGUGUUGGAGAUUUGCUGAGAAAAGAAAUAUCUUCCAACAGUGAAGAUGGGGACAUGAUUCUGGAGACAAUCGCGAAAGGAAAAAUCGUUUCUUCAGAAGUGACAGUCAAAUUGCUGAAAAGUGUUAUUGAAUCUGGUGAAACUGAUAAAUUUCUAAUUGAUGGUUUCCCUAGAAGUGAGGAGAACCGUGUGGCUUAUGAACAAAUAAUUGGAAUAGAACCAGAAGUUGUACUUUUCUUUGAUUGCAAUGAAGAGGAGAUGAUGAACCGAGUACUACACCGUAAUCAGGGGCGAAUUGAUGAUAAUAUCGAUACCACAAAGGAACGCCUUAAAGUGUUUGAAGCUUAUACACUACCUGUUAUUAGAUACUACACUGAGAAAGGGAAGCUGUACAAGAUCAAUGCCAUUGGAACAGAAGAUGAGAUCUUUGAACGAGUGCGGCCUAUUUUUGCCAAGUAGCCAUCAAGAUUUUUAUGGACCUAAAGAUGGCAAAUGGUGGCAAAUAAUGCAAGAAAGAUAUGGCAUUCAUCUUAUUGUGCUUGUUUUCCAACUUUUAGAGAUCGAACUUGCCACAAAACCACGCAGACGACCGAUUUGGACUCAACUAAACGUUGAUUGUCGCACAUUUGUGUCAUUUUUCCGCAUUUCAUAGUUAUGAUUGUCGCUCGUCAGUCAUCACUACAUUCGAGAUGUUUAUUUUAAUCAAGAAACCACAAGGAUCGUUUUGAACCCCGUGACAUUCAAAAUAUUGCUUAACCUG